AUGAAAUUAGGAGUUACUAUCGACCCAUCUCAGGUUCGGUUACAACCGGACACUACAGAAGGGUAUAUAUGGGUUCGACAGCCAGAUAAGGAGUAUCUGUUUACGAAACCAUUAAGUAAACAUUCGAUCGGAGCAUACAUGGAGUUAUGCCGAGAAGUUGGCAGAUCAUUUGAAGCUGUGGCACACUGGGAGCCGGCCAAUGAAGUCUCAGGAGAUCCCAUAAAGGCUCCAUAUACCUUCGCGUCACUCGCCAAUCUCACUUCAAAAUCUAGCCAAUUACAGGCGGAGAACGAGAAAAUGGCCGAGGCAGUAUCCCAAUAUAAGGAUAAGGCUCACGCAGAAAGUCUGGCACGUCAGCGAGCCGAAGAGAUGUGUGGAAAGCUGGACCGGGACCUGUCGGCCGCGCGAAUUCAGGAGGGCAAAUUAAAGCGGGAAAACAUAAAUUUGUCUUCGAAAGUCAGGCAGCUCAGGAGAAAACUCCGGUAUUCUGAUAUCGAGGUAAAGAAGGCGUUAACUGUAUUAUACCGACUAGCUCCAGGAACGCACACAGACGACGAAGAUGCAGACCCAGUCGAGGAUAUGAUCAGUGUUAGCCAAACCAAGAGUAAGCAUUCUCUGUACUCGAGCUCUCAACGGGCGUUCGUUAGGAUUCCUAGUAGAAACUCCCGUAGACUUACAAAAGCCAUCUAG